GUGAUCAAGUGCAAGGCAGCAGUAGCCUGGGAGGCUGGGAAACCUCUGUCCAUUGAGGAGGUGGAGGUGGCCCCACCGAAGGCCAACGAAGUGCGCAUCAAGGUAACCCUUCCCUUUGCCAAAAAUGUCUAAGACUAAUGCUCCUGUAUUGUACUUGCACUUGCAUUACAUGUCCAGCAACAACAUAACCAACAACCCCAGCCUGCAGCAGACUGCUCUAUCUUUGGUUUGUGUGUGUGAUACAAUAUAUCUUCCUCCUAGAACAAUGUCAGUGAGCUCUCGAUCUGUAAAACAAAAAGACAUACUGUUUGAGGCAGGCCGCUCUUCGGCGGGGAUGAACUGUUCAGCAGCUGGAAUACUGUGGGGAGCGUCCUGUGUUUUCCUGUCUCCCUGCCCAAAUAGAUUUGGUGGGCCAGCUGUGAGGAAGACAUCUUUGGAAUAUGUUCAACAGGGCCUAUCUGGCCCAGUGUUUAGACUAGAGAACGUCAUCAUGGUAUACUCUAUAAGUAUUUUACCACAUUCCUCUAUUAUACUAGCUGUCUGUCUUGCACCAUUGAGACACAACCAUGUGAUAUUUUCUAUGAUCAACAUAGCAGGUGCAGUAGUUGGUAUUGUACUGUAGGAAUAGUCCUAGAGGGUUGGGAUGUGGUUCAACAAUUAGGGAUGUUUUAGGCUAGUUGGCACACAUGCUUCAUAGCCUACUGGUGGUGAUGAAUGAAUUAACUAAUGGCAAUGUUGUCUUUCAGGUCUUUGCGACAGGGGUGUGUCACACAGAUGCCUACACCUUGAGUGGCAGUGACCCCGAGGGACUUUUCCCUGUCAUCCUGGGUCAUGAGGGCGCCGGGACAGUCGAGAGCGUGGGAGAGGGAGUCACCAAGUUCAAACCAGGUGAGAGACUGUGAAUAUCAACAAAUGUAUUCUCCCUAAAACAGAGGUUAGAGCGUUGUGCCAGUAACCGAAAGGUCACUAGUUCGAAUCCCCGAGCCAACAAGGUGAAAAAUCUGUCUGUGUAUUUGAGAAAGGCACUUAACCCUAAUUUGCACCAGGGGCGCCGUACUACUAUGGCUGACCCUGUCAACAAUAAAUUUCACUGCAUUCAGAAAGUAUUCAUACCCCUUGACUUAUUCCAUAUAUUGUUGUGUUACAGCCUGAAUUCAAAAUUGAUUUAAUAGAUUUUUUUCCUCAUUUACAUAAGUAUUCACACCCCUGAGUCUACAUGUUAGAAUCACUUUUCACUGCGAUUACAGCUGUGAGUCUUUCUGGGUAAAUCUCUAAAAGCUUUGCACACCUGGAUUGUACAAUAUGUGUACAUUAUUCUUUAAAAAAUUAUUCAAGCUCUGUCAAGUUGGUUGUUGAUCAUUGCUAGACAGCCAUUUUCAAGUCUUGCCAUACAUUUAAGCUGAUUUAAGUCAAAACUGUAACUAGGUUAUUGUCUUGCAGAAAGGUGAAUUUGUCUCCUAGUGUAUGUUGGAAAGCAGACUGAACCAGGUUUUCCGCUAGGAUUUUGCCUGUGCUUAGCUCUAUUCCGUUUAUCUUUAUGCUAAAACAACUCCCUAGUCCUUGCCGAUUUCAAGCAUACCCAUAACAUGAUGCAUCCACCACCAUGCUUGAAAGUAUGAGGAGUGGUACUCAGUGAUGUGUUGUGUUGGAUUUGCCCCAAACAUAAGGCUUUGUAUUCAGGACAAGUACAUUUUUUUGGCAAUUUUUUUUGCAGUAUUACUUUAGUGCCUUAUUGCAAACAGGAUGCAUGUUUUUCUGUACAGGCUUUCUUCUUUUCACUGUCAUUUAGGUUAGUAUUGUGGAGUAACUACAAUGUUGUUAAUCCAUCCUUAGUUUUCUCCUAUCACAGCCAUUAAACUCUUUAACUGUUUUAAAGUCACCAUUGGCUUUGUGGUGAAAUCCCUGAGCGGUUUCCUUCCUCUCCGGCAACUGAGUUAGGAAGGACGCCUGUAUCUUUGUAGAGACUUGGUGUAUAGAUACACCAUCCAAAGUGUAAUUAAUAACUUUACCAUGCUCAAAGGGAUAUUCAAUGGCUCCUUUUUAAAUGUUUACCCAUCUUCCAAAAGAUGCCGCCCUUUGCGAGGCAUUGGAAAACCUCCCUGGUCUUUGUGGUUGAAUCUGUGUUUGAAAUUCACUGCUUGACUGAGGGACCUUACAAUGAUCUGUAUGUGUUGGGUACAGAGAUGAGGUAGUCAUUCAAAAAUAAUGUUAAACUCUAUUAUUGCACACAGAGUGAGUCCAGUGAGUCCAUGCACCUUAUUAUGUGACUUGUUGAGCAGAUGUUUACUCCUGAACUUAUUUAGGCUUGCCAUAACAAAGGGGUUGAAUACGUAUUGACUCAAGCCAUUUCAUAUUUUCAUUUUCAUUAACUUGUUAACAUUUCUAAAAACAUAAUUCCACUUUGACAUUAUGGGGUAUUGUGUGUGUGUGUGUAGGCCAGUGACGCAACAUCUAAAUGUAUGCCAUUUUAAAUACAGGCUGUAACACAACAAAAUGUGGACUGAUGUAUGUGACAAUAAAACAUAUAUUUUUAUUUAUUUUAGCCCAGAACUAACAUGCCAGAAUCAAAUAAUACAAGGACUUAAUCAGUUGAAUCAGAUAAUCAGUUGAAUCAGAUAAUCAGUUGAAACAGAUGAAUCCGUUGAAUCAGAUGAUCAGUCGAAUCAGAUGUUUAAGUUCUGGGCUGGAACAAAACCCCGUACACGGAGUCAGUCCCCAGGACUAGGUUUGAAUGAAAUCGUCCUCCUGAACUGUCUCCUCAUUAGAUGUCAUUUUUCUCUCACAAGGUGACACCGUCCUUCCACUGUAUGUGCCACAGUGUGGUGAGUGCAAAUUCUGCAAAAACCCCAAGACCAACCUCUGCCAGAAGAUCAGGUAAUUAGAAUGGAAUCUGGCCUGUCAUUAGCGCAGGAUGCGUCAAUUAUUGCUUGGAAGGUUGAGGUCAAGCUCAUUCUAUUUUCAAAGUCAGCCAGGUAGGCAGUGAAGGACUGAGCAUAUCUGUAAUGAACAUCCUGCGCGUGUGCGCACGCACCACGUCUAUUUCUAUGGGCACAAGCACUGUUCAUGACACAAACUGUUUACACCCCUCUUGUUGGUGGAGAGAAUUUUGCAGGUUUAAAGUUUAUUUCCUGCAAUUCUACGUGUUUUGUCAUGGGUGUGCAAAGAAAAUGUAGUUUUAAAGCAACAUUUCUUUCAAUUCUAUACAUUUUGCAAUGCCUAAUGUAAAACCUAAAUAUAAAAACGUUAGCUGACAUGGGCUAGUUGAUCUGGACAUUUCUGAUAAGUUAUAAAUAGCUCUCUAAGGUAUGCAAUGACUAACAUGACGAGCAACUAAUGUUGCUCUACCCAAUUUCGAAAUUGCACCUUGUGCAUUCUACUAUUACAACUGGCUGUUACUGAUAAUUAUUUACCCUCUCUCCAGGAUAACCCAGGGCCGGGGUCUGAUGCCUGACAACACCUCGCGGUUCACCUGCAAGGGCAAGCAGCUUUACCACUUCAUGGGGACUAGCACCUUCUCUGAGUACACAGUGGUGGCCGACAUCUCUGUGGCCAAGGUGGAUGAGAAGGCCCCCCUGGACAAGGUGUGCUUGCUGGGCUGCGGCAUCUCCACGGGCUACGGAGCUGCCCUCAAUACUGCCAAGGUUGGUGGGUGACGCCAGGAUGGAAUACAAAGUACCUCGUCUAGAAGUGGAAAGCACAAGCGAAGAGUCGCACACAGCUUGUGUCAUUUGGUUGUAUCACUUUGUUUUAUAUCCUCUGUAAAUUAACUUUCCACUGGUGUAAAUACUUAGUAAAUAUGACCACUGGUUUCAAAUUUAGGAAAGCAAAUUAAUUGGCAAUGAUCAUAAUAACACAUCUGACACAAAAAUUGUAUCACAUUGUUUUACUGACAAAAGCCAUUCUGUAACUCUUGCGUUCCCAACCUACCUGCAGGUUGAGCCUGGCUCCACCUGUGCCAUUUUCGGCCUGGGAGCCGUCGGCCUUGCCGUCAUCAUGGGCUGCAAGGUUGCCGGGGCGACCAGGAUCAUCGGCGUAGACAUAAACCCAGACAGGUUUGACAAGGGCAAAGAGUUCGGGGCCACCGAGUUUGUGAACCCCAAGGACCACAGCAAGCCCAUCCAGGAGGUGCUGGUGGAGAUGACCGACGGUGGGGUGGACUACUCCUUUGAAUGCAUCGGCAACGUGGGCAUCAUGGUAAGACUGUCCAUAAUAAAGUUAAUAAUGUCACAUUAAUACAUUCUUUAGCCGUCUCUCAAUUCAAUUAUCUUCUUAUGUCUCUUCCUUCGCCAGAUAACUUUUUUCAAACGAUAUGAACAGAAAAUAUUUAUAUGGAACAAUAAACCUGAGUAAAUUGUAGUAAAAUAUAUGUACAGUGCCUUGCAAAAAUAUUCAUCCCCCUUGGCGUUUUUUCCUCUUUUGUUGCAUUACAACCUGUAAUUUAAAUAGAUUUUUAUUUGGAUUUCAUGUAAUGGACAAACACAAAAUAGUCCAAAUUGGUGAAGUGAAAUGAAAAAAAUAAAGUUUCGAAAAAUAAAUAACGGAAAAGUGGUGCGUGCAUACACAGUGGGGAGAACAAGUAUGAUACACAGACGAUUUUGCAGGUUUUCCUACUUACAAAGCAUGUAGAGGUCUGUAAUUUUUAUCAUAGGUACACUUCAACUGUGAGAGACGGAAUCUAAAACAAAAAUCCAGAAAAUCACAUUGUAUGAUUUUUAAGUAAUUAAUUUGCAUUUUAUUGCAUGACAUAAGUAUUUGAUACAUCAGAAAAGCAGAACUUAAUAUUUGGUACAGAAACCUUUGUUUGCAAUUACAGAGAUCAUACGUUUCCUGUAGGUCUUGACCAGGUUUGCACACACUGCAGCAGGGAUUUUGGCCCACUCCUCCAUACAGACCUUCUCCAGAUCCUUCAGGUUUCGGGGCUGUCGCUGGGCAAUACGGACUUUCAGCUCCCUCCAAAGAUUUUCUAUUGGGUUCAGGUCUGGAGACUGGCUAGGCCACUCCAGGACCUUGAGAUGCUUCUUACGGAGCCAUUCCUUAGUUGCCCUGACUUUGUGUUUCGGGUCGUUGUUAUGCUGGAAGACCCAGCCACGACCCAUCUUCAAUGCUCUUACUGAGGGAAGGAGGUUGUUGGCCAAGAUCUCACGAUACAUGGCCCCAUCCAUCCUCCCCUCAAUACGGUGCAGUCGUCCUGUCACCUUUGCAGAAAAGCAUCCCCAAAGAAUGAUGUUUCCACCUCCAUGCUUCACGGUUGGGAUGGUGUUCUUGGGGUUGUACUCAUCCUUCUUCUUCCUCCAAACACGGCGAGUGGAGUUUAGACCAAAAAGCUCAAUUUUUGUCUCAUCAGACCACAUGACCUUCUCCCAUUCCUCCUCUGGAUCAUCCAGAUGGUCAUUGGCAAACUUCAGACAGGCCUGGACAUGCGCUGGCUUGAGCAGGGGGACCUUGCGUGCGUUACAGGAUUUUAAUCCAUGACGGCGUAGUGUGUUACUAAUGGUUUUCUUUGAGACUGUGGUCCCAGCUCUCUUCAGGUCAUUGACCAGGUCCUGCCGUGUAGUUCUGGGCUGAUCCCUCACCUUCCUCAUGAUCAUUGAUGCCCCACGAGGUGAGAUCUUGCAUGGAGCCCCAGACCGAGGGUGAUUGACCGUCAUCUUGUGGUCCUCUGUAGCUCAGCUGGUAGAGCACGGCGCUUGUAACGCCAAGGUAGUGGGUUCGAUCCCGGGACCACCCCAUACCAAAAAAACAAAAUGUAUGCACGCAGGACUGUAAGUCGCUUGGAUAAAAGCGUCUGUAAAUCGCAUAUAAAUAUUAAAUGAACUUCUUCCAUUUUCUAAUAAUUGCGCUCAACAGUUGUUGCCUUCUCACCAAGGCUUUUGUUGUGCUUGCCUAUUGUCCCUGUAGCCCAUCCCAGCCUUGUGCAGGUCUACAAUUUUAUCCCUGAUGUCCUUACACAGCUCUCUGGUCUUGGCCAUUGUGGAGAGGUUGGAGUCUGUUUGAUUGAGUGUGUGGACAGGUGUCUUUUAUACAGGUAACGAGUUCAAACAGGUGCAGUUAAUACAGGUAAUGAGUGGAGAACAGGAGGGCUUCUUAAAUAAAAACGAACAGGUCUGUGAGAGCCGGAAUUCUUACUGGUUGGUAGGUGAUCAAAUACUUAUGUCAUGCAAGAAAACGCAAAUUAAUUACUUAAAAAUCAUACAAUGAUUUUUGUUUUAGAUUCCGUCUCUCACAGUUGAAGUGUACCUAUGAUAAAAAUUACAGACCUCUACAUGCUUUGUAAGUAGGAAAACCUGCAAAAUCGGCAGUGUAUCAAAUACUUGUUCUCCGCACUGUAUAUUCACCCCCUUUGCUAUGAAGCCCCUAAAUAAGAUCUGGUGCAACCAAUUACCUUCAGAAGUCACAUAAUUAGUUAAAUAAAGUCCACCUGUGUGCAAUCUAAGUGUCACAUGAUCUCAGUGUGUAUAUAUACACCUGUUCUGAAAGGCCCCAGAGUCUGCAACACCACUAAGCAAGGGGCACCACCAAGGAAGCGGCACCAUGAAGACCAAGGAGCUCUCCAAACAGGUCAGGGACAAAGUUGUGGAGAAGUACAGAUCAGGGUUAUAAAAAAAAUAUCAGAAACAUUGAGCAUCCCAAGGAGCACCAUUAAAUCCAUUAUCAAAAAAUGGAAAGAAUAUGGCACCACAACAAACCUGCCAAGAGAGGGCCGACCACCAAAACUCACGGACCAGGCAAGGAGGGCAUUCAUCAGAGAGGCAACAAAGAGACCAAAGAUAACCAUGAAGGAGCUGCAAAGCUCCACAGCGGAGAUUGGAGUAUCUGUCCAUAGGACCACUUAAAGCCGUACACUCCACAGAGCUGAGCUUUACUGAAGAGUGGCCAGAAAAAAGCCAUUGCUUAAAGAAAAAAAUAAGCAAACACGUUUGGUGUUCGCCAAAAGGCAUGUGGGAGACUCCCCAAACAUAUGGAAGAAGGUACUCUGGUCAGAUGAGACUAAAAUAGAGCGUUUGGCCAUCAAGGAAAAUGCUAUGUCUGGCGCAAACCCAACACCUCUCAUCAUAACCUCCUGAGUGGCACAGUGGUCUAAGGCACUGCAUCGCAGUACUAGCUGUGCCACUAGAGAACCUGGUUCGAAUCCAGGCUCUGUCGUAGCCGGCCGUGACCGGGAGACCCAUGGGGCGGCACACAAUUGGCCCAGCGUCGUCCAGGGUAGGGGAGGGAAUGGCCGGCAGGGAUGUAGCUCAGUUGGUAGAGCAUGUUGUGGGUUCGAUUCCCAUGGGGGCCAGUAUGAAAAAAUAAAAAAUAAUAAUGUAUACACUAACUGUGAGUCGCUCUGGAUAAGAGUGUCUGCUAAAUGACUAAAAUGUAAAUGUAAAUCACCCCGAGAACAUCAUGCUGUGGGGAUGUUUUUCAUUGGCAGGGACUGGGAAACUGGUCAGAAUUGAAGGAGUGAUGGAUGGCGCUAAAUACAGGGAAAUUCUUGAGAGAAACCUGUUUCAGUCUUCCAGAGAUUUGAGACUGGGACGGAGGUUCACCUUCCAGCAGGACAAUGACUCUAAGCAUACUGCUAAAGCAACACUCAAGUGGUUUAAGGGGAAACAUUUAAAUGUCUUGGAAUGGCCUAGUCAAAGCCCAGACCUCAAUCCAAUUGAGAAUCUGUGGUAUGACUUAAAGAUUGCUGUACACCAGUGGAACCCAUCCAAUUUGAAGGAGCUGGAGCAGUUUUGCCUUGAAGAAUGGGAAAAAAUCCCAGGGGCUAGAUGUGCCAAGCGUAUAGAGACAUACCCCAAGAGACUUGUAGCUGUAAUUGCUGCAAAAGGUGGUUCUACAAAGUAUUGACUUUGGGGGGGGGGGGGGGUGAAUAGUUAUGCACGCUCAAGUUUUCUGUUUUAUUUGUCUUAUUUCUUGUUUGUUUCACACAUAAAACAUAUUUUGCAUCUUGAGGUAGGCAUGUUGUGUAAAUGAAAUGAUACAAACCCCCCAAAAAAUCAAUUUUAAUUCUAGGUUGUAAGGCAACAAAAUAGGAAAAAUGCCAAGGGUGGUGAAUACUUUCGCAAGCCACUGUAUUACUGAUUUCAAGAGGGUGGGCUAAGAUUGACUGACUAGUUUAUAGGCCCUGGAUGCCACCUUGAAGGUGUCCUGGAUACAGAAACUAUAUUCCAAUCCAAACUGGAUUUCAGCUAAAUUAACUAAAUGCGCCAUUCUGAUUUUUACACAAAACCACCUCGUUUCUUCAACUUAAACAUUUCUCUACCAAAACAACAGUAUUUUCAGCAAUGCAUCUCCAUUCCUCCAGGAGGCAAUAAAAUCAUGGUUACACUUACAAUUCUAUCUACCUGAAACCCCUGAGAAAAUUCUUCAGCAACUUAUUUGGUAUAACUCAAAUAUUGAAAUUGAUGGACAACCUCUUUGUUGGCAACCUUUUUAUUGUAAAACACAUUUAUUUUCUAAAUGACAUUGUGGACAAGGAUGGAAAGUUGUUUGAUUUUGGAACAUUGUGUAGAACCUAUGGGGACUCCUACAUAUGUUCAGUUGGUGUCUGCUAUACCCCCCACAUGGAAAGUUUAAGAUGAAGAAAGAAAAACACAACAGAACUGUAUGCCGUCCUUGCUACAGUUUCAAGGCUGGCUUUCCCAUCACUCCAUCAGUUUAUCGUCUUUGGUGACCUCAAUGUCCAUAGUGCUUCAAUUAACAACACAAUAUUUCUGCUAGGUUAAAUAUUCAUAUUCAAAACACCCAACCUUUUUAAACAAUUUGUGAAGACCUUCAUCCUGGAAAGUACAAUUACUAUUAGAAAUCACAAAAUUCAACAGCAUCAAAGAAAGGUGGAGUGUUGGGUAACUCUUUAGGCAUAUUUAUUUGACUAAGUUGACUAGAGUUCUAUUAAACAAUGUUAAUUAAAGCAUAUAUACUGUGUGUUAUUAUAAGGGCAAAAUGUUCCAUAUGCCAUGGAAUGUAAGCUAACAAUGUUUUGUCCUUAUUUAUUUUUGUAUUAUGCUACACCAUGGCAUUGCUGAUAACUGUCUUGUUGUAUCGUGUCUGUCUGUCUAUUGUUAUGUACAUUGUCCUCAGUUCUUAUGGUUGUCAAACAAAAUAAAGGCUAUGUCCAGCAAAGGCACACUGGCCAGGGGACCACAGGGGAGUGGUGAAAGUAGCUUGAGCUAAUGCUAGAGCCUGCAGCGCUAGUUCAGUACUGAGCUCAUGGGGGCUGUUCAGAAGGGUGCAACGAUAGAAAUGUGUGGAGUAGAACAGUUCAGAUUCUGUCAUAUAGAAUAGGGAAUCGGAUCAGUUCUAUUCAUUGCAAUUCUGUCUGCAACGUUCUGAAUGUUUUCGCUCACUGAACACACCCCUGCUACCCAUGAACCCUCCAUAAGUCCUGCUAAGAUGGUGAGGCAGGAAACUGGGAAAGUAAUUGAACAGUGGCCCCUUUUUUGCUCUCAGAUACGGAAGGUGUUAUACUCUUCACCACCAGAGGUCACUGUAGGUGGUACUUCAGGCUUUGUCCACAACAGCAAAAUACAUGUCACUUUGCUAAGCAGAUGAGUAUUUAGGGAAGCUAUCUUCUGAUGAUGCUCAAUUUGUUGUUUCAGAGGGCAGCUCUGGAGGCGUGCCACAAAGGCUGGGGCGAGAGCAUCAUCAUCGGGGUGGCAGGCGCGGGACAGGAGAUCUCCACACGUCCAUUCCAGCUGGUUACCGGCCGUGUGUGGAGGGGCACAGCAUUUGGAGGUAAAUGUCGUGGAUGAUUUUCAUGAGGAACCUUGCCUUUUCUGACGUCAACAUAUUUUACUCUGUAUAGUCACCUAUAUUUUGGGGAUAAAUGAGCAGCAAUGUGGCACUAGUUAUGAUACUUAUUUUUUAUGGAAGUAUGAUAAUGCAUAUAUUCCUCAUGAUGUUUUCCUGUUCCUCUGUCCCAGGCUGGAAGAGUGUGGAGAGCGUCCCCAAACUAGUGACUGACUACAUGAACAAGAAGCUGAAGGUGGAUGAGUUUGUGACCCACACCUUGCCCUUUGACCAGAUCAACGAGGGCUUUGACCUCAUGCACGCUGGAAAGAGGUAAAUAGAGCAGGUGUUGCAUCAUAUUACAUCAAUAAGUGAUGUUAGUUUAUUUUAAAAAAUAUAUAUAAAUUCCAACACAAAGUAUAUUAAAGGUCUUUAAAGCUGUAUGCUAAUCACCAUAUUUUAAUUUGUCCUUUCCAGUAUCCGUACCGUCCUGAAGUUCUGAAGUCCCUCCCUGCCAUGUUGAGCCUCACACUCAGCUCCGGCCCUUAUAAAACAAUCACCUUUCAUACACUGUAGCACUUAAUGUCAUUCAACUUUCAGAAUUAGAUCUCCAGUCCAGUUGUGUACAUAUGUGGCAUGUCCAGUCAUUAGAUCAAUAAAUGUGUUAAAAACAGUAGUCCUCUUAAUGUUUUCUUUCCAGUUUGAAGUUAAAUGUCAUAGUACGGCUAACUUUGAAAUAUAUUAUUUUUCCAUUUCCAUUGAUCCAUGACUAGUUGCCUAAGUAUGGAGUGG